AAGCUGCUCACUCACUCCCCUACUCGUCAUUGAGUGAGCGAGUGUAGGAGGGUGAAGAAGGCACAGCCACCGCCCCAAAAGCAUGUCUCUCUGAAAUGAGCUAUUUUCAGAGUGGAUUGAGGAAGUGUGGCGACGAACGACUCGCCAGAACAAAUAAUCAAAGUGCUCAAGGACGUGGAUUGAUCCACAUUUGAUCCAUGGCCAGUGUGGAAGGAACCGCUGAAAUCCAAAACAAUCACUCCCGUUUGGAACAAGGCGUGGUCACUCUUCGCUGUCAAGUACAUAGAGGAGCAAGUCACGCUAAUAAGUAGAUCUUUUUCGGGCCCCCGUUUGCUAAGAUCAACCUUGACGGGAAGCGGGAUAAACACCUCGUGUAUCAAUUACAUACGGUACUUGUGAAUUGUUGCCUUCUUGUUCUCCAUAUCCUUGUUCAGGCACAAGGGUUCGCGGGUUGAACAGGUUUUGGUGACGCAAAAGACUUGGAAUCACUCUUCGCAUCAUUGGAGGACUUGACAUUGGAACGUUUAAAAUGGGGUGUGGUCCUUCCAAAAAGGAGUUGUCCGGCGUGGCCGAGAUCACUGGUAUGAGCAAAAAGGAGCUUCAGGAUUCUUACAAGGCCUUUAAGAAAGAAGCAGGUGGAUCAAAGGUCAAGUUGGACAAGUUCACCAAAUUGGUGGCCACAAUGAACACGAACAAAGGUGGAAAUGUCACUGAGUACGCCAAACACAUGUUCCGGGUCCUGGACACGGACAAGGACGACAUGGUCAAUUUCAGAGAGGUCAUGAUUGGCUUCCACAAUUUGUCAACAGCCGGAGAUGAGAAGGAGAAACUCAGAAUGGUUUUUGAGAUGUACGACGUUGAUGGUACCAAAACAAUCAGUCCGGAAAAUAUGAAAAUCAUAACCCGUUCUCAGUACCAAUUGGAAGGCAAGCCCAUGAACGAGGCCGAGAUCGAGGCCAAAGUGAAGCAAUGCUUCGGCCUCUGUGACUUGAACACAGACGGUCAAAUCACCGAGGAGGAAUUCUAUAAAUCUGGAAAAAGUAUUGCUGAAAUGUUUGAACUUGAGGGUGAUGAAUAAAUGAAUUAUAUUAAAAUGUG